UACCAUUCACGACAAGCCCGGCACGAACCAGGCUGAUCACCAUGGCCACGAUGCCAGCAGCUGAUCCCCAAGUUACGCCAGAGGAGAAGACGACAUCCAGAGGACCAGAGUCUGCAGAGAGCAUAUCUUCACGUGAGCACGAGGAUUUUGAGAAGCGAAGAGAACAUGUCGAGGAAUGUCCGAGUCCUGAAGACAGCGGCGAUGCCCUGGCUCGAAAACCAUCAGAAGCUCCAUCGGAAUGCGAGUACCCUGGAACAAAAGAGACAAUCAUCGUGAUGUCAGCGAUUCUGCUCGCAGUAUUUCUCAUGGCACUGGACCGGACGAUCAUCACUACAGCCGUUCCUAGAAUCACCGACGAAUUCCAUUCCCUCGACGACAUUGGAUGGUAUGGUUCAGCUUUCAUGCUUUGUGCUGCGAGCUUCCAGCUUCUCAUCGGCCGAAUCUAUACCUUUCACUCGCCGAAAUGGGUAUUUCUCAUCAACAUCACCAUCUUCGAAAUUGGCUCUGCGAUUUGCGGUGCGGCUCCGAACAGCGUCGCGUUCAUAAUUGGCCGUGCUAUUGCUGGACUCGGCUCUGCAGGCAUCAUGUCUGGCGCCAUCAUCCUCAUGGUGUCUGUCGUGCCUCUCGCCAAGCGUCCUGCGUACCAAGGAUUCUUUGGAGCUGUUUUUGGAGUCUCUUCGGUAAUUGGUCCCCUACUCGGAGGUGCUUUCACAACAGAUGUCUCGUGGAGAUGGUGCUUUUAUAUCAAUUUGCCAAUUGGCGGAGUCGCGAUGCUUGUGAUUGCGUUCAUCCUCAAGCCAACAGUGCCGGCAAUGCCGGGACUUACGCUUCGACAGCAGCUUGCUCAACUGGAUCUCCUCGGCGAAUUGUUUCUGCUUCCAUGCAUUAUCUGCCUUCUAAUAGCUUUACAGUGGGGAGGUGCAACUUAUGCCUGGUCCAAUUGGCGAAUAAUCGUCCUCUUCGUCUUCUUUGGAGUUGCGCUCGUGGCUUUCGUAAUUCAGCAGUGUCUGAUGCAGAGUGUGGCUACAAUUCCCGGCAGAAUCGCCAAGAAUCGCAGCAUCCUCGCCGGAAUGUGGUUCGUCAUCUGCUUAGCUUCGACGAUGAUGGUGUUCGUUUUCUACAUCCCGACCUGGUUCCAAGCGGUCAAAGGCACCAGCGCUGUCAAGUCUGGGAUUGAUACGAUCCCUAUGAUCCUGGCUUUGGUGGUCGGUAGCAUAUUUGCUGGAGUCAUGGUUGGUCGCAUUGGCUACUACACUCCAUUCGCGAUGGCGGCAUCGGUCGUCAUGCCCAUUGGUGCUGGUCUGAUUACAACCUGGAAAACCAGCUCCGACAGUGGCGCAUGGAUCGGAUAUCAAGUUCUCAUGGGUCUUGGCGUCGGAGUGGGUAUGCAGCAAGGUGCAAUGGCUGCUCAGACCGUACUGUCCAGAAAGGACGUGCCUACCGGAGUGUCUUUGAUGUUCCUUAUGCAGCAGCUUGGAGGUGCCAUUUUCGUCUCCGUCGGCCAAAAUGUUUUCCAGUCCUCGUUAAUCAGCGGCCUGGUCCGCCAAGUCCCAGAGUUGGAUCCGGUGACGAUCGUGAACACUGGAGCCACGGACAUUCGGAAGCUAGUACCUGAGCAAGAUCUACCUCAAACCUUGGUCGUGUACAACCACGCAUUGAGACAAGUCUUCAUCGUAGGCGUGAUCCUGGCAUGCCUCUCUUGUUUCGGAUCUUUCGCCCUUGAAUGGCGAAGUGUAAAGGGCGAACAGGGCCCUUCUGCGGAGGAAAGGAACGACAGUCCAUCCUCGACGCCCAAGAAGGCGGAAGACUCGGUUUGAUGAUGGCGGUAUGGUAGUAAGAAAAGCAUUUUAUGAGC